UGUAAGUGGUAGAGAAUUACUUUGUCGGCGGUGGUCCUAAUGGAGCUCCUGUGCUGUUUGGAAGCUGUGAAUAUGCUUAAAAGUUAAAGUUCUGCUUUUUUGAGGACGAUAUAAGAUAUUUACAAGUUAGGACUUUUUGGGAAACUUAACGGGACGAUGAGAAGUAGAUGUGAGAGGCCGCUGAAGGUGAGGCCCUCAGAUUAGCCCACCAGAGGACCGCUCCGCUCCCCCCUCGCUGUCCUGCCCGGAGAGCAGAGUCCGUGUUUGUGCUUCGCUUUCUUUUUUUUGUUGUUUUAAUGUUUGGAAGCAACCACUCAACUUGUGAAUUCAUGAUCACAUGACCGUGGACAUGGACGCAGUCCUGUCCGACUUUGUCCGUUCUACUGGAGCCGAACCGGGAUUGGCCAGAGAUCUUUUAGAAGGUAAAAACUGGGACUUCACGGCUGCGCUUAGUGACUUUGAGCAGCUGCGUCAGGUGCAGGGCAGCAACCUGAUGUACUCGUUCCCAGAAGAGCGAGUGUAUCAACCGUCUGAGAAGGAGAUGGCAAGGGUCGGGCGUCCUGUUCUCCACCGGCAGGACGAGGUGGUGCAAGCCGCCUCAGAGAAGCGUCUGUCCAGGGGGAUUUCACACGCCAGUUCCACCAUCGUGUCACUGGCCCGCUCCCAUGUCUCCAGCACCGGAGGAAGCAGCACCGAGCCCCUCCUGGACACGCCCUUGUGCACUUUCCAACUACCGGACCUCACUGUGUACAGAGAUGACUUCCGUAGCUUCAUUGAAAGGGACCUGAUUGAGCAGUCGAUGAUGGUGGCGUUGGAGAAUGCAGGGCGGCUGAACUGGUGGACAAAAGUCGUUCCAAACUGUCAGAGUCUGCUGCCGCUGGCAACCAGUGGAGAUGGAAACUGCCUGUUACACGCUGCCUCGCUGGGUAUGUGGGGCUUCCACGACCGCGACCUGAUGCUGCGGAAGUCUCUGUACGCGCUGAUGGAUCACGGCCUGGAGAGGGAAGCGCUGAAGCGCAGGUGGAGGUGGCAGCAGACCCAGCAGAACAAAGAGUCCGGACUGGUCUACACGGAGGAGGAGUGGCAGAAAGAGUGGAACGAGCUGUUGAAGCUGGCCUCCAGCGAGCCAAGAAUCCACUACAGCACCAACGGCACCAACGGGGCGGAGUCCUCCGAAGAGCCUGUUUAUGAGAGUUUGGAGGAGUUUCACGUCUUCGUCUUGGCUCACGUCCUCAGGAGGCCCAUCGUGGUGGUGGCCGACACCAUGCUGAGGGACUCUGGAGGAGAAGCUUUUGCUCCCAUCCCGUUCGGAGGCAUCUACCUGCCGCUGGAAGUGCCGGCUGCCAAGUGCCAUCGCUCCCCUCUGGUCCUGGCGUACGAUCAGGCACACUUCUCAGCGCUGGUCUCCAUGGAGCAGAAGGACAGGACCAAAGAUCAAGCAGUUGUGAUUCCGCUCACCGACUCGGAGCACAAAAUGCUGCCUCUGCACUUUGCUGUGGAUCCUGGGAAGGACUGGGAAUGGGGAAAAGACGACACGGACAACGUGAUGCUGGCGAGUGUGGCUCUCUCCUUGGAGGCCAAGCUCCAGAUGUUACACACCUACCUGACUGUUACCUGGCUGCCACUGCCUUGUGAGCAGGCGCCUCUGGCCCAGCCCGAAUCCCCCACGGCCUCAGCAGGAGAGGACGCCCGCACGCCACCCGACUCCGGAGAAUCGGACAAGGAGUCGGUGAGCAGCAGCUCCAACGGCAACGGAGACACCACCACCGCGUCCACCGUCAACGGCAGCAGCUCUCUGACCAAAAACAGCUCGUCUUCCUCCUCUAGUUCGUCCAGCAGCGGAUCGGCUGGCGCCGGAACGAAGGACAAAAGCAAGAAGGAGAAGGACAAAGACAAGAAGAGGGCGGACACGGUGGCCAACAAGCUGGGCAGUUUUGGAAAGAGCCUGGGCAGCAAGCUGAAGAAAAACGUGGGCGGCCUGAUGACGGGGAAGAACGCCGCAGCGACCGGCGGCAAACAGGAAGGAGGGGAGAAGAAGAAGGGUUCGUUCAGAGGGAGGAAGGGCAGCAAGGACAGCUCGCCGUCCGCCCAAGCCUCCGAGGAUUCUGGGAAAGGAUCCCCCUCGUCGGGAAGCGAGCGCCUGCUGGGAACCAUGAGCAGCAUGAGCAGCAGCGGCGGCAGCAGCACGGAGAGCGAGCACUACAAGUACAGCGCCGACGUGAAGGUCAGCCUGGGCAUCCUGCGGGCCGCCAUGCAAGGCGAGAGGAAGUUCGUCUUCGCCAGCCUGCUCACCACCAGCAACAGGCAGCCCUACCAGGAGGAGAUGAUCCAGCGGUACCUCGCCGACGCCGAGGACCGCUUCCACGCGGAGCAGGAGCAGCAGCGGCGUGACUCCGAGCGGAAAGGAACGACCAACAACGUCCAGCCUCCGAAGAAGGAGGCGCUGGGCGGCGCGGAGCUGAGCUAUCGGCCCUACGAGGCCAAAGACGAGCCGCCGGAGAGCGCCGCCCCUUCCUUCAACCCCACCCCUCUGAGCCCCUCCCUGUACUCCGCCGUGGUGCCGAUCCCGCGGCCGUCCUUCAUCGACCAGCCUCCCGCGGCGCCGCCGCCGCUCACUCAGCACCUCCACAUGCACGGCCACUUGGACCUACGGCGGCAGCUCGCCGGCGGAUCUCCGGCCGCCUCCUACCCGGGGCUCCCCUCCUACGCCACGCUGCCGCGCCACUGCCCCGCGGCACAGGCUCCCCCCCACCCCCAGUACCUCCCGCCGCACGGCCCCUCCUCCCUCAGCCCCUCCCGCCUGGCUCCUUCCUACCCCUUAGAGUUCGAUCCACCCGAUUACCCUGGCGCCGAGCCCCUGGCUGCCAACUACACCAACGGCUUCCGGGACCUGGACUCUCGGAGCCUCCCCCCCGUCAGACACUACUCCCUGGGCAGCGCCGGCGGCCUGGGCGGCCUGCAGUCCAGCCGCUGUCGGACGCCCAGCUGCAACUACUACGGACACCCGGAGACGGGGAACUACUGCUCCUACUGCUACAGAGAAGAGCUGCGCAAGCGGGAGACGGAGCCGAGCAUCCACCGCUUCUGAUCGGAGCGCCGCCGCGGCUCAGACGGCGAAGAGUGGCCUUUUUUUUUGUGUGUUUCAGUUAAACGGAUCCAAACAGACUGAGAAGGGCCUUUUUUUUUCGUUGGGUUUUUACCGUGUCAUUUCCUGUUGAAGGUGGUUUCUCGCUGCUGG